UAUAGAAAGAGAGAGCAUAGAAACAGGAAUGAAAGAACGAGGCUUCAAAAGAUAGGAUGAAACAAAGAUAGAUAGAUAGAAAGCAAGAAAGAAAGGCUAGAAAUAGGAAUGAACCAAGGUUUGUCAACUUUGUGUGGUGCACGUUUAAUGUGUAUUUCCGUUGUUGCUUCCAAAAUAUAGUCAGUGUGAGACGAAACACAUCUGGAGCGUGCAGGCAGAUUGUUAUCAGUCGAUAUGUUUGUUUAAUUCUAGACGCCUCCUGGUGAAAUCCGGUCAUUGAAGUCACUCUGUUACUGUUUAAAACACACAGGAAACUCUGGCUGCAAUGGACGAUCACACGUUGCGGACAUCUCUGCAACAGGAGCUGUAACCUGUCUUUGACUUUCUGUUGUGUUUUCCUGUACGUGUGGGUGGUUCUGUGUUUCUCUCUGAAUGCGUGCAUUACAAAGAGGAUGCUCUGCGUCGCUCUCCGUCGUAGCACCACUCACAUGCCCUCACAUGACCCCCCCUAGAGGCGGCGCCGCUUUGAACCGUCCCCUCCCAUGUCUCGUUGGCAGGCAGAGGGCGGCGACGUCAGAGCUCUGCUGAGCAAGUUCAACCCGCCCGGCAGACUCCACGGACGCCUCCAUGCGCCGGGACAGCAGGCCCGUUCAACCCCUCAGCCCGGGCCCCCGGACCUGGGCCCCGCCGCCGGGCACCACCCCCCCCGCCGCCAUGCAGCCAACGCUAACCUCAGACACAAACUCUCGCCGAUGGCCCCUCCCCAGCUCCCGGGGCGGCCGCCUUCCAGCCCCAACGAGAGCCGGCCUGGAAGCCCACGUCAGAGCCCCGGGGGCAGCAGCCCGGCACCCCCCGCCCCCAGCUGCCGCCGCUGGGGGGCGGGGGGUCCUCGAGACCCCCCGCCGGCCUACCUUCUCCCCCCGGGCGGGCACCGCCCGCCGCCUCGCCGUUGUUGGACCCGGGCCGGGUCAGGAAGACGGAGGAGUUGCUGCAGAGCAUGUUGCUGAACCGCGGCGCCCCUCCCAGCCCCGCCCACCCCCGGGGGCCGCCGCCCGCCGGCGGCCGGGGUCCGUCCCAGAGGUGACCCCCCUGAGGAAGCCCCUCCCGGCGGAGGGCCGGCAGCCCGCGAAGCCCCGGCGGCCCCAGCAGGUGAACCUGGAGCCCUACCUGAGGCGCCCGCGCACCUCCCUGCCCCCGCCGCCACUCCCGGGCCUCAAGAAGAACGGCGGGUCUCCGACGAUGGGAGGAAGAAGUCUGCCUACCUCUGGGCCACCCCUACCACCUGGUCUGCAUCGACUCCCCCACAAACCCCUCCCCCAGGAACCUCCAGUAAACAAAAUCAACAGACAAGAGACCCAAGACACAUAUGAUGACAUUGACACCUUGGGAGGAGAUGACUCGUGGGACGAGGGCAGUUCACAGAACGUUAACGGGGAGAGUGAUGACAGCGAGGUGUAUGAAAGUAUUAACGAAAACGAGCUUGAGCUGCCCCGGGCUCCCCCUCCAGUAGCAAAGCUCCCCCAGACGCAGAAGAAGCAGCAGCUGGAGAUGGACAAGAAGGAGCUGAAGGAACAGCAGAAGAGAGAGAAUGAGAUGAGGAAGAAGUUUCAGCUGAAGGGACCGCUGGAGGCCCUUCACAUAGCCAGGGUCCGGCGCGACUGGCAGGGCGGGAAACUGGACUUGGCGGUGCGCCAAGGGGACACCGUGCAGAUCCUCCGGGCCAAAGAUAAUCCCGGCGGAAAGUGGCUGGUCCGCGCGGAGACGGGCAAAUGGGGCUACGUGAGCAUCGACUGCAUGGACGUGGACUACGAGACGGUGAAGCGUCAGGUGCUGAAGGGGCUGCAGGCCAUCAACCUGCCCCCCCCUCCGCCAGACCCCCCCAAGGCCUUCGGGGGGGGCUUCGGCAUGGAUUCACCCGCUCACACAGACACUGUGGAUGAUUAUGAUGAUGAUGAUGACGAUUAUGAUGAUGUGGAGAUACCAGACGAUUUCCCCCCCCCCCCACUUGAGUGCAGCUUUGAUCCAAUUGUGGUACAGGAGCUGAAGAAGAAGUUUAAGUUUGUAGGGCCAGUACAAGUGCUGCACACCAUGAUGGUGGACCCCAACGGACAGAUCAAGAGGCCCAAGGAGAAGGAGCUGGCCAUAGCCCAGGGAGAGAUCCUGGACGUCCUGCAGUUCACCAACCACAAGAUGGCGCUGUGCCGAAACCACAUAGGCAAAUUUGGCUAUGUCCCUCGAUCUCUUCUUCUCCAAAUGGAGGGGGAUAUUUAUGACGACAUUGACCACUUUGUUGAUGUUUAUGAUAAUGAUAUCCUUCCCUGAAGCCUGAAGUUCACAUCCAGCGUUACCCUGCUCUAUCUGGGGCCCCUUGGUUUUGGGUCCCUUGGUUUUGGGCCUUCACGUUUUUGGGGCCUCAUCAUGGAACUCAUACUAAAGUGAGAGUCGUUCUUGGAUUGGACCAGGGAGCAAGCAACUAAAGCAGACAGACACACACACAUACACACACACGUACACACACACAACAACGCAUACCCACUUCCGACCUACACACGGCAGCACCACAUGCCAACAAACUGAGAAUAUCGACUGUACAGUUUUUUGUAAUCUUGCUUUUAAAAAUAAAUACACUAUUUGUUCAA